UGAAAGAGAAUCAACAAUAGAUUUAAAGCGUCUACACCUGCACUUUUGAAAACAAACAUUUUACCGGCGACAUCGUAUUUAUUCUCCCAAUAGAAGAAAGAGCCGGAGCGCAUCUCGGUGAUUUAAUCUUUAUCGAUAAUAUGUACCUUAUAUAUACCUGUGUAUGCGAUUAAUUUGUGAUACAAGAAUUCCAUAUUAUAUCGAGGACUGCAGGUCUAUACAGGUAACAUAUUAAUCAAUCCGGGAGAGAAAAUUUAAUUACAGGUGUGGAUUGGAAUCACGUCAGGCCGUCAGAUAGACCGAGGGACAGGAGAGCUAAUCUUGGAGGUCCGACCAAAUCCUGCCAGACCACGAACUGUGUAUUACAAGGACCAAAUAUUGACAGAAUUACGAAACAUAAAAGGCCAAGGAUUUAAAAAUGAAUGAAGAAAGCGACUAAUAUAGGGAAAAGCCAGCGACAAUCGAUUCACAAGACGGCAUUUGGUAAGGAGAGUCGUUUUCCACUCCAGAGGCGUUUCAGUAGCGGGUGUCCAAGUUAAUUGAUCUAUCCACAUUAACGAUUUGUGUAUGAAUGGGAUAUACCCAAUAAAAAGAGGAUAAUUCACUGUGGGGUUAACGUGGUUUAACUUCUAUAGUCCUUUGGAAAUUCGCCAACAUAUCGAUCUAAAGCACAUGUUAUUAUAAAAAGGCCACGAUAACAGAAGGUUGGAAUUUUUUAUGUAUGGUGACAACUGUCGUGUGUUUGGCAUCGCCUGAAUACCCUGGGUCUGAUACAAGAAGAUAUUCUGAUAGGAAGGACUUUGGGGAGGGCGAAGAGUUCUGACAGACAUUUUACCCUAGCAGAAAAAUCUUACCUGUGAAACAACACGCACACAUAGAUAUUGGGAUUGGAAUUUCUAUUUACAUGACUGGACAAAUUUUUAUCGAUCAUGUAAAAAAUUACAUUGAAGAAAAUAUACCCGUGUGCAAUAGGACUUAAAGUGAAUUCAUAAUGGAGGAAGCAAAGAAUUUUAAAAGUACAUUAAUAUGGCAGGCAAGAUGUAAUUCGGUGAUGCACCCUGCUCCACUGCGGACAAUUGUCACGCGAGACCCCGAGUAUACACCGGAAGUACACGAUAACGUAGAAGACAAGACAUUUUACGCAUCUGAAACCCAGCUUCCGGCGCCACGACCACUUAGUUAUAACUUUGACACAGAAGAUUGUGAUCACGUGACUCCUGGACGGACGCUGAAGCUUGAUCACUGUGACAGUCAAUUUCCUGUAGAACCUCAUGUUAUUCAUGCACGUGAGUACAGAAUUGACAGCGGAUACGAUGAUUCCAGCCACUCUGAACAUGUAUCUUCUGAUGGGAGUCAGGAGAUUGUAGCUCACGAUGACUGUAGACCAGAAUCACCGGAUGACGAGGAUCGAAUGAUCCGAGCGGAGCAGAAACUGGUCAAAAGAGACAGUCGGAGGGUGGAAGCUAUUCAGGUUGAACACCACAAGUCACCGCGACAGUUUUCUCUGGAAGAGACCUCUCAUGAUGCUCAUCAUGAUGGUGAGAAUGGUUCCAAAACAAAAUACACAAAUGUUCAAGCACUCACAGCGAUGGCUCGGAUGCUCUCUCGUCCUGUCCUUCGAAAAGACGACGACCAAUCAUCUUUCGAUGAAGAGUCAUGUGACGUAUCUAUGUGGACAAAUGGAAGUGGGUCCACAGACUCGCCACGUAGUGAUAAUACUUGUGAAUUUGACAAGUAUUCAGAUAUAACUGCAGAGACCAGAAAAGCAACCAAACCAACGGUUAAAGACCUUGACCUCACACCAGAGAGAACCCGUUCGAAAUCUUUCAGCAUGAAAAGGAUUCUAUCCCCUACCGUUCCAGCUCUAUCACCAAACAAAGAAAAAAUCACAUUUUCCAGAAGUCUAAGUACAACCUCUAGUUAUUCUUCUUCCUCAGAGGCUACAACGCCAACUUCUGUGCCUGACCCCUGUUUCCGGUGUAACAAACAAGUCUACCAACUGGACAAAAUUGGGCCAGUUAGACGUGUUUUGUAUCAUAAGCAAUGUUUUCGAUGUGCUGAGUGUAGUACUGCUUUGACAUUGAAAAACUUUUGUCAAAACGCAAAUGAUAAGAAUGAUAAGCAAGUUUACUGCAAGAAGCAUCAACCAAAGCAGGAAAAAUGUCACGUAGAUAUUGAGGAUCGCAAUAUCAAUAUCGCUCUUAACAAUCCAAAGUUGAAUCGAAUCAACACAAACAUCCGGGGCUCUGAUGAAGACAAAGCCAGGGGGCACAGUCAAAGGCCUAUUUAUGUCAGAGGAGCAAGCAUACCGAAACUGGACGUAGUGUGUGGAAACCAAUACGGAUUUAGUUACACUGCUGGACAUCCUGUGGAACAUGAUGCUGGAUCGCUAAACCCGAAACCAAUGAGAAUUACGAGUCCGAGAGAAAUGAGUCUAGAGGAAGUGGAACCAAAAAGAGUCUGGACAAGGUCGGCUAUUAAUGCUGCCAGCCUCGAUCUGAGUGCACCGAUUUCUGGUAGAAGCGCUCAUCAUUUCUAUUCCUAUGGAAGCUCAGCUUUUAACCAUUUAUGAUAUUAUGAAGCUUUUUUUGUUGCGACCUGGUUCAUUGCUACGCUACAAUAAUGUGUUCCCCUACAUACAGCUUUUGCGCAAAAUGUACUUAAUAUAAGGCCAAAGUAAUGUUUACUGAGAUUUAUCUAUGUUUUAUAUUUUGAUAGGAUAUAUGUCCACUAUACUGUGAUAAUAUGUAUAUAUUUUAAUAAUCUUUUUGAGGGCAUUGGAUUUUUGGUAUAUCUGUAAAACUUUUAAGGAUUUAUGAAGUUCAAUGUAACGAAGCAUUGUUUUAGGAGACCAGUUGUGUGUUAAUUGAAGAAUUUUUUUUUACACUUACUAUUCUAUUUGAGACAACAGGAAGUCCAAGAAAUAAAAAAAAGUUGUCUAUUUAAAUACGUAAAAUGGAAAUUUAAUAUCUAUAAAAAUGACUUGAGUCUAAAUAUUUUCAAACAUGCGUUUUAUUCUUUGUAUUUCUAUUGAUUAUUGAAAAGGAAAGGAGGUCUCCAUUUCGUUUUGUUGAUUGCAUUAUCCUGCAUGUGUGAAUUGUUCCUAACUGCAUUCAUAUUGUGAUAUAUUUCCAAUGAUGUGCAUUUAUUUGUUUCUAACAGCUCAAAAGUAUUCAAUAUUUAUCAUAUAUUGCGUUUUGUGAAAUACAAUGUACCAUCCAUAUAGCUUAUUACUUCUACAGUAUGUAUUUUAUAUACAUGUACUUCCA